CUCCGGCCGCCCCGCAGGGAGCGCUGCCCGUGCGGCCGGACAAGGGGGCAUCCCGCCGCCCACCGGCCCCGCGCUCCUCUCUGGCCGCCUCGUCUGGGCUUCCCCGCGAGAGAGUGGGAGGUGUGGGGAGGGGAGAGGGGCCCGAGGAGCGGCUUGCGUGUCUCUGGGUCUCGAUGUCCCGCGGUGUCGGCGAGAAUCGGUCCGGCGGCUCUGGGGUAACUUGCCAGAGCCUGUUGUUCGAGCCUCUUACGGUGCUUGAUGCCCCGUAUCUCUUUCGCUCUCUGCCCUAGCUGCGCUCCGGGAGAGCUGACACUCACCAGGGAAGCAGUGUUCUAAGGAUGUCAUCAGGCAUCCAAAUAAAACCAAAGACUGCAGUACAGAAAAGCAAGACAUCUUCUCCUUUGCCGCCUUCUGAAGAACCUGCAAUUAAACCACAGCCAAAGCCUAGUGACAAGCUGAAUCCUAAAACUAUUGAUCCAUUUAGUGCCUAUUCUCAACCACCUUCUACAUUUGCUGCUAUAUACGCUAAAGGUGGCAUCCCCUGCAGGUUAGUCCAUGGCUCAGUAAAGCACAGACUGCAAUGGGAAUGCCUUCCUGAAACUGUUCCCUUUGAUCCUCUUCUUGUAACAUUGGCAGAGGGUCUAAGAGAGACAAAACAUCCCUAUACAUUUGUUUCAAAGGAGGGUUUUAAAGAAUUACUUACGGUUGAAGGUGCUACCGAAAAAGCAAUUCCCUUGUUGCCUCGUUUAGUUCCAGUGUUAAAGACUGCAUUGGCCCAUUCGGAUGAUGAGGUAUUUGGAAGGGGAUUGGAUGCUUUAGUUCAUCUGAGUGCUGUUGUUGGCCCAUCUCUUAAUGGCCAUCUUAAGCAUCUACUCACAAACCUUUCAAGGAGAUUGAUGCACAAGAAAUUUAGAGAAAAAAUUACUGUUGCUUUACAAAAGUUGGAGCAAUAUGGUGGGAAGGCAACUGUGGCUAUCAUCAAAUCUAAAAUUCCAACCUAUUGUUCUAUCUUCUCUUGAACAAGAAAAUUGUAGUGAUUUUACUGUAAGAUGAAGUUUGGAAAGAAACUGCCUGUGAACAUAACUUACACUUGGGGUAUGAAUCUUAAAAUAAUCACAAUUCUUCAGCAUGAUAGAGAGUCGGAAAAGUCGUAUUAGUUUGUGAAUAUGUAAUUAUGGAAGACUAUUUAAAAUAAUGCGCUCUCUCUAUGGACUGCUAUUUGUUUAUGUAUUGUGCUUACAAUGACGUGGACUACUGGCUAUUAUUUCAAAAACAGAGUAAAUAUUGAUUCUUACGUUGUAAAGUAUAAUUUCCUUUAAUAUAGCUGUAGUGCUUAAUUUAUUUUGUAUGGUUUUGUGAUGUAAAAUAAUGUAGCUGUAAUUACUUAAAUAAUAACUAACUUUGUGUUAAACUACAUAUAUAUUUUGAAACUUGUAAUUUUUUUUGUGCCACAGGCACAGAUGGAUGCAGUUUGGGUUCAUCAGGGUUUGCUGGAUGAGACAUAGAACUAUGAGCACUCCUAGACUUCUUGAGAGUCAGCUUUUAAAGCUACGAAGCUGAACGCACUAAACAGGUAGCAUAUGCUGCAAAACUGAACUUGCUCAAUGCAUUAUUCUCAGCACACUGUUUUGAGAAGCUGGCAAGGUUCUGAAUAGUACAGUAGAAAGGUAUCAGGUUGCUCCAUAGAGCCACAGCCUAGGAUUUGCUUGACUAAUUAGUUCCAGUUAGCUUUGAGCCUACUGAAUGUGAGCUAGAGGUAGGAGGCAACUUCGGAGGAUUUACGCUGUGCUCCCUUUGCAUUGAGUUCUGUAAUGUCACAAAUAUGCUUGGGACUAGCUUGUGAAUUCAGCUCCAGACAAGCUAAUAAACUUCUGAACAUGGAAGCUAUGAAAAAAAUAUGAGUUAAAGACAGUAAAAACAUUGCAGAAGCAAGCUUAACUGGCUGACAAGCCUUGUAGAGUGCAGUGUUUCUUCAUGAACAUAUUUGAACUUGAUUGCAAAAUAACUCCUAACAGGUCUUGUAAUAAAUACUGUUCAGAAUUCAUGUUGUUACAGAUAUUUGAGUUGCUCUGUGAGGAAGAGCUGACUGAAGUAACAAAACUUGCUGUAGAACUUUUUCCCCUGAGGUAAAUUCAGUUCCAGAAUUUAAAGUUGUUGAAAGGUGGUUUUCUAGUCAUCAGAUGAUGCUGUUGCACAGGGUAGUAAAAAAGUCUGUCAUGGGUAAGCAUUUUCAGAAUUUUUUUUAAAUUACCACUACUUGGCUAAACUAAAUUUAUUUCAGGACUGUGCUACAAUCUCUGCUAAGAUCAGAACUGUGCUAACUCAAGACCUAUUUACUUAAGCUUUUUUAAAAAAAGAAAUGUUGUUAGCAAA